CCACCUCGCUCCUGUCUCUUGUCUACGCGUCUCGCCAGCACCGCAGGCGCCAUGUCGCCGCCGCAGCAGCGCACCUCGGGCCGCAAGCGCCGCGCACCGACGCAUCUCGACGAGGCCUCGCAGUCGCCGCCGCCGCUCACCAAGCGCCCGCGCAAGGCCGUCGCUGCAGCACAGGCCGGCGGCUCGAAGCCAAAGGCCGCACGCACGACCAAGGCGAAGCAGCGAACAGCUUCUGCCAGCAAGAGUGCCAGCGCACAGCCAGAGGGCGCUCAGGAUGGCGCGGCCUCCACCAACGGCGCGCAGGAUGGGCCUUCUCUCGCUGCUGCCAACAUGUCACCGGCCGAGCAGCCGGGCCAGGCGUCCGGCAGCGCAGGCGCAGCAGUCCACGGGGCAGCACCUCCGGCACCGCUCGCCGCGCCAGACCCAACCACGUCCGCACGAAGUCCCUCGCCCGUCAUCACACGCGAAGCGCCCGAGGAGAUCGAGCUGUCCGCCUCGCCCUCGCCGCAGCCACAGGCGCUCGGCGCCUCUGCGCUCACAGCACUUCCAGCCGACGUGCUCGAGGCACACCUGCCGGGAGCACGCGCACGCGUGCUGCAGCUGCUCGCUGGCUCGCUGCCGCCGCCGCGAACUCAGGGUGCUGAAUGUGUCGGGCUCGGCAAGCAGUGGACAGACCUGCGAGGCGCACUCUUCUCCACUGUCGCGAUGGGCGAGGGCAACAGCGCGCUUGUCAUCGGGACGCGCGGCACGGGAAAGAGCUUGCUCUUGCACUCGGCACUGCGCUCUCUCCCGGCAGACAAGCCCUUCCACCACGUGCAUCUCGACGCCUCAGUGCAGACGACAGACGCGCUCGCCAUGCGCGAGCUGGCGCGUCAGCUUGUGCACGCCGGUGCUAUCACUGUGCCGGAUCAGGAGCGACUAGGUCUCUCGCGCACAAUCGGCGGGCUGGAGGAUGACGAUGAGGCGUCAGAGGUCUCCGAUGACGAGGAAGAUGAGGACGCGGCUGCGCAGGCAGAAGCCAAGCCAGAGGCGACAGAGGAGGAGCUGAAGGAAGCGGUUGCCGGCGCAGUGCUAUCCUCGAUCGCGACGACGACGUCCACGCUCCUCACGCUGCUCUCGGGCGCGCCAGCCGGAGCGCUGCCGCUGGUGAUCUCGCUCGGCACGUUUGACGCCUUCACGCCUCGGCCACGACAGGCACUGCUCUACGUGCUGCUCGAUGCCGUUCAAGCCGGCUCAUACGCGCCUGGCCUGGCUGUCAUCGGCAUGACGAGUCGGCUCGACACGACGGACCUGCUGGAGAAGCGUGUGCGCAGUCGCUUCUCGGGCCGCAGCAUCAACGUCUACCCGCCCGGCGCCGCAGCGUGGCAGGCGUUGGCGCGCACAGCCCUCGAGCAAGGAUUGUCCCCGAGCCUCGACGCGAGCGCUUUCAACACCGCUUGGUCACAGGACGUUGAACGGAUCAUGGGCGACGGAGCAUUUCAGCAGCUGCUGCGCGGACAGCAUGAACUGAACGCAGACGUACGCGCACUCUAUCGCAUCUUUACCGUCGCUGUCUCGGCUCUGUCGCCCGCCGCACCGGAGCUCGACCCACGAUCGUUUGUGAACGCUGCGCUGGUGCAGCGUGCAGAUGCGACAGAGAGCGUUCUAGGAGACCUGACAACGCCGGAGUUCGCGCUUUUGGUCGCUGCCAAGCAUCUCGCGACGCGCGACCGCUCGGUCUUCAACUUCGAGAUGUGCUUUGCUGAGCUUGCGCGCUGGGCCAAGCGCGCGCAGCGUGAACGCGAAGGCGCUGGCACCGGCGGCCUCGGUCUCGUAGGAGACGGGUCCACACGCAGUGCUCGGCGAACGGUUCAGCGAUCCGGCGGCGGCAAGGAGGGCGGUGCUUUGGCCGAUCGGCACCGCGCCAUGAUGUCGUUCAACUCGCUCCUCGAGCUCGAGCUGUUCCUGCCCGACGCCAUGUUCGCCACGAUCUCGCACCUGCCCGGCCCGCAGGCGGGCAGUGCAGCCCUCUCGCGCACCGCGCGCGGCGCAGUGCGCACCGAGUACCUGCGUGUGCGCUGCGCUCUCGACGCUCCCGUCAUCGCCCGCGCUGCCCGCAGUCGGGCUAGACGUGAGGCGCUCAGCACGAGCCUGAUCCAGUGGGCCACCGCGGCCAGUGGCUGAGGGCCGCUCUUCACUCGCGCAGCGAUGCCGGGUCUGUAUGAAUAUAAUCUAGGUGACUGAG